UAUAUUUGAUCGAUAUUCCAUAUAACAUGUUAAACAUUUUUGGGUAACAGAAGUCACAUUGCGGCAAAGUUUCUAAUACAUAAAUAAAUAUGAACGAAAGUUUGAAGUUGUUUGAAGAAAUAGUAGGAAGCCAGUUUCAUAAUUUAUUCGUGGAUUCAUUAGAAGAGUAUUCUGACAUUGACCUUAAGGUUGCCUUGGAAAAAGUCGUAUGUUCCUCUAUGCGAAAUUCUGGAAAUUAUUCAUUAGUGCUUCGGUUGCUAAAUGGGACCUACAAUGAAAGGACGAAUAAAAAAACUUGCCUUUGGACUUCAAUAAUUUUAAAGCUAUAUGUGUCAUGCAAAGAGAGUCGUGAUGCUACUCAACUACUUGCAAUUCUUGGCGUACUUGCUAAGUCGGCCUACACUUCAGAGGAAUCUCGCAAAAUUUUUGGUUGCAAUUACGUCAAGAAUAUUCUUGAAAUAAUAAGUAAAAAUUGUUACACUCCUUCAAAUAAUUUGGCGGCUCUUCGUCUUAUGGUUAUUCUGUUACAAUUUUACCCUGAAUAUAGUGUUCAAAGUAGUGGCAUAGUUAAAGAUUUUGUGUCUCAAUUUAUGGAUUCCCCCAAUCAUAAUGUUAUGGAAAGUGCUGCUAAAUGUUAUCAUCAUCUGCUUUCUAUAUCGAAAAAUGGUUCGAGUAGAAUAGCAGUGAAGGAUCUUUGGAAGGCGUAUCAAGGAGGACUCUUAGAUAUGUUACAAACGUUGUCGGACUCCUUUGUAGGAGUAUUAAAUGCUCCAGUGAUUGAACCUAUAAAUUGCGAACCUUUGAAUAUUCCCAUUUUGCAACUUUGUGACGAUCCAAUAAAAAGAAUUUCACAAGUUUUCAUACGCUUUAAAAAUGUGGCGGUAUAUUUUAUUGUGACAUUACGGGAACCAUUUUUAAGUGAAAAACCUGUCAACACAAACAAAAUCUUUGGAAUUAUAAAAGGUGCCUUGAACGUUGUUCAUUUAUUCACAAACAGAAAAAAAACAAUUAUUGGUAUGAUGCGUAAUCUACUCCUACCUGAAUUUUAUUUCAUUCUGUUACAAAUUUUGAAGGCUUUAAUGAUAACAUUAAAAAGCGAUUUAAGGAAGAAUUAUAAACAAAUAUGGAUGAUUUUGGGAGAUAUGCUUAAACUUAGUACACAUAAAAUCGUAAUUGAACAAAAAAAAACUUAUAUGCGUUUAAAUGGGAAAAUAUACGAUGUCAUUACUUUAUGGUGCAAAAUUGUUAAUCAAGGUAGUCGAAGUGAUUUAUUGAUUGACUUAAUGCUGAAGGAUAUGCAAGAUAUAUCCUCUACUUUAUCGAAGAUACUAAACAGUAAAAUCUGUUCUUCAGGAACUGAUUUGGAGACCAUUGUUCAAGAACUUAUUUGUUCCAAACAAAAAUGCAUAUUCGAAGUUCUAAAUUCAUCUCCAAAUAAUGUAAACUAUGAUAUCACCAAGACUAUUGUGGCAAAUGUUUUAACUGCUUUUAGUGGGAUGUAUGAUCUAUCACUGAAUAAAUAUAAUUAUGAAUGUCGGACUGAUUUUGUUUCAAAUCUAUUCUCGAUGUUUACAGCAAAUAUUUAUUUAGAUCCAUCAACAGCUGAAAUUUUUGUCAACACAUUACGACAUAUACCUUUAACAGACCAAAGGAUUGAAGAUCAUACUAGAUAUGCUUUAAUGAUGCUACAUUUGGAAAGCUGCAUACACCCUCAAAAGAAUAAUUUAAAAUCUUCGAUUGAGAUUGAUCUAGGAAUUGGUUUUCCAAUGCUAGAAGAUAUCUCAAUAAAAUCGAAUUAUGAAGAUAUUAAUAAGAUGAAUGUAAAAUCUACAAGAGAUAUAACGCAACCAGAAACUCAACGAUCAGAAGCAAUGAAUAAAAGCAGUAAGAAUGAUAAACCUUCUACAAGAUGUUUAGCUGAAAUUAACUCCGGAGCUAAGAUUAAUGGAAUUCAUUCAGAACAUACUUCAACCGAUGACCAAUUGGUUGCAAACAUUUUUACAGCUUUUGUAGAUGAUUUAUAUUAAAUAAUAUCGUUUUAGUAAGAGCAGUGUUUCAUUCGUAUACUUCAGUAAAAUUUAUUGUGUGUACACAAAAUAUACCUGUUGUACAAAUAUUACACAAAAGUAAAUUGAACUUUUUUCUAACGGAUUAUCCAAGUAGAGGCACUUUUUUCUGUAUUAAACUGUCAUGUUAUAUUUGUUCAGUGUUGUUUGGCAUUUCAUCAUGGAAAGACUUACGCCUGUUUACGAACUGUAAAGAAUGUUUUUCGCGCGCUUUGCUCAACUUAUGGUCAACAUAAUCGGCUUACCCUUGUUGAGACCCAGCAUUCAUUAUUGGAUAUUAUUCGACCGAACAGAUCACGUCCAGCACUCAGUGAAAAAAAUAGAGCUUCCGUAGCUGGUAGUGUACACGAAGACCAUGGCGAGUCGAUUCGGAGCCGUUCGGAGCAAUUCGGACUAAUGUAUGAAACAACUUGGUGCAUUUUACGUCGAGAUCUUAAAUUGAAAACGUACAGCUUGUGCCAGAACUGAAGCCUCUCGACCAUCCCAAGCGACAUUCCUUCGUUCUAUGGGUUUUUGAAAAGUUCCAAGAAAAUCCGACGUUUGCGAGUCAAACUUUGUUCAGCGAUGAGGUCCAUGUUGGGAUCAAUGG